GCACUAAAACCCUACUUAAACCCGCCCAAGAUGAUGAUGCUCCAUGGUGAGAAAGGAAGCAAACCGUGGAAGAACUCUCCAGAACUCCAUGACGACCAAAUGCCGAAUGUUCUGAUCUAGAAACCCUAACCAACGGGACCUUCUGUUUGAAUUCCACCGACGGCCAACUCUCUUUCCUUUCUCUGCCCUGCCUCUCUGCUGCUGCUACCGCUUGAAAAUGUAUCGAAUCGCAUCCAAGAUUGCUUCAUCAAUCAGCCGAGCCUCUUCCAAGAAAGUGGUGUCCAGCAGAGUCAUCGCCAACCGGUUUUAUGUCGCGAAGGAUAUCAAUUUUGGGAUUGGUGCUCGUGCAGCAAUGCUGCAGGGUGUUGCUGAAGUUGCUGAGGCUGUAAAGGUGACAAUGGGACCGAAGGGCCGCAAUGUGAUCAUUGAAAAAAGUAAUGGGAACCCUAAGAUCACUAAGGAUGGAGUAACUGUUGCCAAAAGCAUCACGUUCAAGGAUAAGGCUAAGAAUGUUGGUGCAGAACUUGUUAAACAGGUGGCAAAGGCAACUAAUAAAGCUGCUGGAGAUGGUACAAGCUGUGCCACUGUCCUUACUCAUGCAAUUCUGAUGGAAGGCUGCAAGUCCUUGGCUGCUGGUGCCAAUGUGAUGGAUUUGCGGAGUGGCAUUAAUAUGGCUGUUGAUGCUGUUAUAACAGAGCUGAAAAGUAGGGCAGUGAUGAUAAGCACACCAGAUGAAAUUACACAGGUAGCGACAAUCUCUGCUAAUGGUGAACGAGUAAUUGGAGAAUCGAUAGCAAGAGCAAUGGAGAAAGUCGGAAAGGAAGGGAUUAUUACCAUCAGUGAUGGGAACACUUUGGAUGAUGAAAUGGAAGUGGUGGAAGGAAUGAAGCUAAAUCGUGGAUACAUGUCACCUUAUUUUGUUACUGACCAGAAGACUCAGAAAUGUGAAUUGGAAAACCCGCUGAUCCUUAUUCAUGACAAGAAAAUUUCAGAUUUGAAUUUUCUCGUGAGAAUGUUGGAGAUUGCGGUUAAGAUGAACAGACCACUGCUUAUCUUUGCCGAGGAUUUAGAGAGUGAGGCACUGACGACUCUCAUCAUAAAUAAGCAUCGUGCAGGGAUUAAGGUAUGUGCAGUCAAAUCUCCAGGUUUUGGAGAUAACAGACGAGUGAACUUGGAUGAUAUUGCUGUUUUUACCGGAGGAGAGGUUAUAUCUAAAGAUCACGGUAUAACUCUCGACAAAGUGAGAGCUGAAAUGCUGGGUGCAGCAAAAAAGGUCACUGUUUCACUUGAUGAUACCAUAAUUCUUCAUGGGGAAGGGGAUAAGAAGCUGAUUGAAGAAAGAUGUGAGCAGCUGAGGACAGCUAUUGAGAAGAGUGCUUCAAUGUUUGACAAAGAGAAAGCACAAGAGCGGCUGUCAAGAUUAUCUGGUGGUGUAGCCGUUUUCAAGGUUGGUGGGGCUAGUGAGGCAGAGGUUGGUGAAAGGAAAGAUAGGGUGACCGAUGCUUUAAAUGCGACAAGAGCAGCAGUUGAGGAGGGUAUAGUACCAGGUGGUGGUGUUUCUCUCUUGUAUGCUACAAAAGUCCUGCAAAACUUGCAAACUCAGAACGAGAACCAGAAAAGAGGUGUCGAAAUAAUCGAGAAGGCUCUAAAGGCACCUGUCCUCACGAUAGCUUCAAAUGCUGGUUUUGAUGGCGCUUUGGUUGUUGGGAAACUACUGGAGCAAGACAAUCACCACCUAGGUUUUGAUGCCGCAAAAGGAGAAUAUGUUGACAUGGUAAAGGCGGGAAUCGUCGAUCCUUUGAAAGUUGUUAGAACUGCUUUAGCAGAUGCAGCCAGCGUCUCAUUGCUAUUGGCGACAACUGAAGCUGUGGUAGUGGAAAAUGCUGAUGUGAAGAGCAAGCUUCCCAGUCGCAUGCCACAGAUGGAUGAUAUGGACUACUGAUCCAAUUGAUGGAUUUAUAUACUCAAUCGUAACACCAUAAAAGUACUCAGAUGGACUAUUAGAGCCUCCUUCAACCCAAAUUUUCAGGAUGAUUUUCAGGAGGGGAGUGAUUUUGUAUUUCCAGCAUCACUAGUGUAUCUUAGGACUAAAGACUAGUACGAGUGUUUAGCAAAGAUCGAUGGAAAAUCUUUGUUGAUGAAAUCCCUGCAAAAAAAAAAAAAGAAAGAAAGAAAAGAAAAAACCUUGUUUUUUUAUGUCGCAUUCAAUUACACAAUUCAUGAAGUGAGUUGGACUGUAUUAGAAAAGUUACUUUUGUUCA